CAAUGAACACCAUGGUGGCUUCAAGAUGUUUCAUUGUCAAAAUGACAUUCUUGUUAACCCUUUUCAUUAUGACUUCAGAUUUGUGCAUGAUGAAGACGGAAGCAAAAGAAUCCAUUGAUCAAUUUUCAUGUGAUAAUGAUAAAGGGUGCCCACCGUACAAACCACCACCACACCAACCACCACCUCCACCACCACACCACUGCCCACCACAACAACCACCACCUUCACCACCACACAAACCACCACCUCCACCACCAUGCCACUGCCCACCACCUCAACCACCACCUCCACCACCACACCACUGCCCACCAACCCAACCACCUCCUUCACCACCUCCACCACCACACCAUUGCCCACCACACCACCACCACCAUCCACACCACCCACACCACCCAUCGCCACCACCACACCAGGCACCGCCUCCACCACAACACAAAGCCCCACCUCCACCUUGCUGAGUCAUCUUUUUCUUCGGAUGCAAUUCAUAUGUAUUCUUAGUUCUUAUAAUAAAAGAUGAUUAUUUUUUUUUCAAUUUUAA